CCUUAACCUCGUUCAAAACCUGUUUAUCUCUUCUCUCACCGCGCGAGAUUGUGUAGCGGAUGCUCCACUUAUAUAUUACUUAUCAGUCAUCUGGUAUCUGAGCUUAUAAUUCAGCCACAAAUUAAAAAAUAAACUUCCAUUAGCCUGACCACCAACUUAGUGAUUAACAGUAUUAGUAAAUUUCACUCAUUUUGUUAUAAAGUCCAACUCAAACUCGCAAUCCUACGGCUUAUUAGCUUACUAAACAAGAGACUUUAUCGCUGUAUCACAACAAUGCGUCAUAAUUGCAAUGAUUCGGCAUUAAUUACGUCUUGUCAUCGUAGUAAAUAAAAAAUUACAUAAAACAAUUGUGCCUACGUAUAAAUAAUAUCACAGCCGUUUGUUAACUCAGUCUUACUUGGACCGUAAGCAUAAAAAGUUGUAAUUACCAUGGAACUGAUAAUUGGCCUUGUGGUGUUGUUGAUCCUCCUUUACUACUACUUCACAUCAACGUAUAAUUUCUGGCAGGAGCGCGGCAUAAUUGGUCCCAAGCCAACGGUUUUGUUCGGAACGAUCAAAGAUGUGAUCUUGGGCAGGCUAUCCAUAGGCAGCUACCUUAAGAAAGUCUACGACGAGUAUCCCAAUGAACCCAUGGUGGGAUUCUUCACAAGAUGGGAGCCAGUUCUGAUGUUGAACGACAUGGAGCUGAUCAAGAAUGUCCUGAUCAAGGACUUCAAGUUUUUUAUGGACAGAGGAAUGCGCAUCUCUGAAAAGCACGAGCCACUGACAGCGCAUCUCUUCUUCAUCGAAUCCAAGAGAUGGCGUGUGCUCAGGCCCAAGAUGACGCCAGUGUUCACUUCCGGGAAGCUCAAGGACAUGUUCUACUUGUUAACCCAGUGCGCUGACCAGCUGGACAAGUACUUGGAUCAGUUUGACGGCAAAGAAGUUGACAUCAGAGAAAUUAGUGCAAGGUUUACAACUGAUACCAUUGGUGUGUGUGCUUUUGGAUUGCAAGCUAAUGCCCUCGCGGAGGAGGAUAGUCUCUUUCGGAAGAUGGGCAAGAAGAUCUUCGAGCCUUCCUGGAGGAAUUUGAUCAAAUUCAGGCUGAGGAGCUUUGCGCCUGGGUUGUUUGAGGUGAUUGGAGGCUUGUUUAAGGACCAUGACAUUCAUGAUUUCUUCGUUGGCAUCACCAGGGACACCAUUGAGUACAGGAAGAAGAAUGGGAUCUCUAAGCACGAUUUUGUAGACUUGCUGGCGAUGAUGAAGGACAGUUGGAACAAUGAGGAAUUCGCAGAACUUACUGAUGAACUUCUGGCUGCCCAAUUGUUCGUGUUUUUCAUUGCUGGUUUUGAAACCUCAUCUUCUACCAUGAGCAACUGUAUUUUCGAGCUUGCAAUGAAUCACGAAGUACAGGACAAGCUAAGGGAAGAAAUCAAAGAAGAAAUGGAGAGAAACAAUGGCGUGAUUACUUACGAAGGGAUUAAAAACAUGAAGUACCUCGACAAAGUAUUUAACGAAACGCUAAGGAAGUACCCGCCGGUAACAUCGAUAAUGCGGAAAACUACCAGUCCAUACACUUUUCCAGGGACAAAAGUAACCAUACCUACGGAUACCAACGUAUGGAUUCCAAGUUUUGCGAUCCAGCGCGAUCCAAAAUAUUAUCCUAACCCUGAUGUGUUCGAUCCCGAGCGGUUUAGUGAAGAAGAAAUAGAGAAACGUCCGGCAAUGGCGUUUUUGUCUUUCGGAGAUGGACCGCGCAAUUGCAUUGGAGCCCGAUUUGGACAAAUGCAAACUAAAGUAGGAAUUGUUAAGAUUCUGCAGAACCACAAAGCCGACGUUUGCGAAAAAACUGACAAAAAUUACACAAUCAAUCCUCGUAGUUUCCUUUUGGCGCCAGUUAAUGGCGUUGUUGUUAAAAUAAUUAAACAAUA